CGUCCCCGAAUUGAACACGAAAACAACUUGAAGCUGUCCACAUUGCAGAACGUGCUGCCGUGUAGUGAAGCUGGCCGCGAGUUACCGAUUCCCUGUAGAAGUGUCACAACAGUGAUGUGUAUCUUUAGAAACUAAGAUAAAAAUGGAGAACAAAGUAAUUAAUCAGAAGGAAUACUUGAAAAAAUAUAUAUCUUUGGGUGAUAGUGAUAAAAAGAAAAAGAAGAAGAAGGAGAAAAAGAAGCUCAAAACGGGAAUAAAAACAGUAAAAAUUAUAGACGACGAUAUAGAUUUGAAGAAUAUGAGACCCAUUGAAGAGGGUGAAUUCGAUAUCCUUUUAGAUGGAGAAGAUGCUCCUCAAAUCGCAGGUAUAGUUGAUGAACGUGGACCAGUCGAUUUCACAGAUAAGAAAAGAUGGAAGAUUAUAACCGAGGACAAUGAAGGCGAUUUAACUAUUAUUAAUCGUAAUACUGUUUAUGAAGAAAAAAAUUUAGAUGAGACAAAUCAAAAUAACGCUAAUCUUGAUUUAAGUCCACCUAGAUCUAAACAUUCCAAAAAUAAACAUAUGGAUCUGAGUCCACAAGGACGGUCCAAAGAUGAUAGUUCAGAUCUAAGCCCACUUAGAUCCAAACAUUCUAAAAGUAAGCGUAUGGAUUUGAGUCCACAUAGAGGAUCAAAAGAUGACAGUUCGGAUCUGAGUCCGCCUAGGCUCAAGCAUUCUAAACACAAACAUUCGAAUACACGCAGACAGUCUAAAGACGAUGACUCGGAUUUGAGUCCACCUAGACAAUCUAAAAAUUAUGAUUCAGACUUGAGUCCACCUAGAUUGUCCAGAAAUAAUGAUUCUGAUUUGAGUCCACCUAGGAAAUCUAAAGAUUAUGACUCAGAUAUAAGUCCACCUAGAAAUACAAAACAUCGGACUUCAAUGCGCAGUACAUCUGGACAAAGCUAUCGGAGUUCAGGUAACAGAGAUUCGGAUAUUAGUCCACCUAGAAAACGCAAGCAGAAUCUAGAUCCAGAUUUAUAUGAAAACAGAAAGAAUAAGAAGAGCAGGGAUUCGGAUUUAAGUACAUAUCGACGUAAUGAACAUCGAUCCCGGAGAGAUAAUUCGCCACGUUCCAGUUCGCAUAGAGACGAUAGAGGUCACGAUUAUCACGAUAAAAAAAGUUCAUCCAGAUCUGAUAGACAUGAUGCAUCAAGCUCAAGAGAUAAACGGGAAAGGAAUUAUGAAGACAGAGAUAAUAAAUCUCGAUCACACUCGGAUACACGAGAGAAAAGAAAAAAGACACGUUGGGGCGAGGAAAUUGACGAUAUCGAACGUGGACGUAUGGGAAGUAACGUAAAAGAUCGUGACAGUCGAGCGACAAAGAUGUUAGACGGCAAAACAGCAGGAUUCCAAGCUGCGAAAGCAUUACGAGAAGAAACUGAAGCCUAUAAACGGCAAGAGGCUGAGCAUUUUAGCAAGCUAAAUAAAGAGAUGACUGGAGAAGGCCAAGCUGCAAUUGUACGUGACAAAAUGGGAAGAAAGCGCAAUCUAGAAGCAGAAGCAGCAGAAGAACGCGAACAGGAAAUGAAGCAACGAGAGAUAGAUGACAAAUACGCCAAAUGGGGCAAAGGCCUGAAACAAGUGGAGGAUCGCGAGGAAAAGUUAAAGAGUGACUUACACGAAAUGAACAAACCUCUGGCAAGAUACGCGGACGACGCGGAUCUAGAUAAAGAGUUGAGAGAACAAGAAAGGGAGGGUGAUCCUAUGUUGGAGUACAUAAAACAAAAACAGAUAAAAGAGGGAAAAAGAAAGCCAGAUGCACCGCAAUAUCAUGGUUCGUACGCGCCAAAUCGAUUCGGUAUUAAACCUGGUCAUCGGUGGGACGGCGUCGAUAGAAGUAAUGGAUAUGAGAAGAAGUGGUUCGAAUCACAAAAUGCAAAAGUAGCAUUACAAGAAGAUGCCUAUAAGUGGAGUACAGCCGACAUGUGAUCAUGUUCACACAUAUUAUUACAGCAGAAGUUUUCAAUUCUAUUUCCAUUCAUUGUUAAUAAAGAAGAAUUAAUAAAAAAAUUUUAAAUAUUUCAAUAAUA